AUGAAUUUUGCAGCGACGCUCGCUCGGGGCCUCUUCCCUGGCUCCGAAGUUGAAGGCCGGCCGGCUUCCGAGUCAGCUAACCCCGCUAAUCUCGGGGAGGCUGAAGGAGGCUCUUUGGAGGACCAAGAGCUGACUCAGGAGGAGGAGUCGCCUGUCUCUGCAGAAAAGGAAAUGCUGCCCAUUGGCGACGCUGUGCCGGAGGGGGAGCAUGUGCGCACUCUUCGAGUGUACAGCAAAAGCUCAUCACCCUCACCAACAGCACCAGUAUCAGCAAAAACAUGUCCAGACUUAAGCUCAACUGCCGCGGGAGUUCCUGACGAGGAGAGGAGAGCGGAAUCGGGCUGUCGGGAAGUUCAGGUUCUGCGGGUAUUUCGCGAGCCCGAUGUUAUGAUAGCCCCAAAUUUGAUCACAAAAGAGCAGUGCCUUCACCUUUUGAACCUCUCCGAGGGGAAGUGGACUCGCAGCAAAACAAGUAUAGGGAUGACUUCCGCACCCCAGACUGCAUACAAGACGACGGAAAGCCAGACACGAACAUCAUACUCAGUGAUGCUCGAGGAGGCGCAGACACCCGGUGUGGUGUCUGUUGAGCUGUUGGCUUGUGCUCUAGCUCGGCUGCCUCUGCAACACCUCGAGUCUCUUGUUCUCGUGAGAUAUGCUGAGGGGGAGUACUUCGCAGAGCAUCACGACGGCGGCUUCAGGCCGAAGACAGUUCUCCUCUAUCUUAACGACGUCGAAGAUGGAGGCUACACGCAUUUCACACGUCUUGGCCUGAAGAUUGCACCUUCCCAGGGCAGUGGGGCGGUGUGGAGCAAUGUGACACCUGGUGGUCAGAUGGACUUCCGCACUUUGCAUGCCGGAGUGGCUCCUACAAAAGGCACAAAGUAUGUCGUAAAUUGUUUCUUCAAUGAGGCAGUUGUCAGACACGAAAGACCACCGGCCCCUUUGCCCCUUGAGCCACCACAGGGCAUCCAGAACGCCGUGCAACAUCCUACAGGUGCAGUUCCUCUCCAGCCAGGCCAGAGUGAAAAGGACACUGCGCAACGUGACAUAGCCAGCGGACGGUAUCACGCUUACGCUGAACAUGCACAGCUGCAGCAACGGCAGCAGCAGCUGGGGGAGGGUAGCCAAAUUGGGGAGUCUCAGCACCGUCAAAUUUGGGGGGCUCCUAGCACCGACGGACUGGGGAAGAAGCUGACAGCAUGCCCAUCUGGUUUUUUUCCGAUGCCUCAGCAGCUGUGGCAGCAGCACCAGGUGUCUCACCUAAGCAUCUGCAACCCUGCAGGGGUGAUAGGCGACGGUGUCAAGCUACCCGUGCCUCCCUUCGGGUUUCCCGUCACAGCCACCGGCUCUCCACCUGCUGGCUGGCAUACGCAUGCACCUGGGGGUUUGCCUCUAGAUCGGCGAUGGGUAUGA